CGUGAUACGUGAUGACGUCAAACGCCGGUGCCUCUAUAGUCUGGUGACCUUCUUUACGACCGUUACUAACCGCUCGUCCGCAGACAGGAGCAGCUCCAACCCGCACCGGAGAGGUUUUACCUGGGCUGAUUUUAACCCAACAGCUGAUUAUGGGAGACAUCAAUAAAGGCAAGAAGGCUUUCGUCCAGAAGUGUGCCCAGUGCCACACGGUGGAGGAGGGCGGCAAACACAAGGUGGGACCCAACCUGUGGGGUUUGUUUGGACGGAAGACGGGCCAGGCAGAGGGCUACUCCUACACAGACGCCAACAAGAGUAAAGGUAUCGUGUGGGGCGACGACACCCUGAUGGAAUACCUGGAGAACCCCAAGAAGUACAUUCCUGGAACCAAAAUGAUCUUCGCCGGCAUCAAGAAGAAGGGUGAGCGCCAGGACCUGGUGGCGUACCUGAAGUCAGCGACAUCAUGAACAAGUCACUGAAAGCUGAAUAUUUAAUGUCAUUUUGUUGUCCUUGUUUCGGCCACUACAUUUUAAAUCUGUGGUUUUAUGUUUAGUCAUUUGCACUGAGGGUUAAAUUAUGAUGCUGAGGUUUGAUCAAGUGACCAAACAUAAAACUGACUACCUUUCUUUUUUUUUUUUUUUUGUGAAUCUGUACUAGCAAAUACUAAUCACAUUAUUUAAAAAAUGCGA